GACAUUUUGUUGUUGCAGCAGAGGAAAACGGGCGCGCUGGGUAAAUGACAUUGUGAAAUCCCGGGAGCUUAAGUGCAAAUGGAGUAGUUAGAAAAUCUUUCUCAACAAACUCUUUCCGUCCUAAAACAUGCAGAAUUUCAAGAAUUUUGCACCUCGCUCACAACGAACUAGCUAGCUAGAGGUUACAGCAUUUUCUUAAACUAGUUAGCGAACUUACUUUAGUUGCACGAGUCUAGCUGCUGCCAGCUUUGACCAAGAAAAAGGAGAAGUCACAACUUGCAGUUUGAGGGUUGUUCUGCAGGAAUGUCGCAGAAAGAACGACCUACGUUUUAUCGGCAGGAGGUGACCAAGACGAUUUGGGAGGUACCAGAACGCUACCAGACCCUGUCUCCAGUCGGUUCCGGGGCCUACGGAUCAGUUUGCUCGUCGUACGAUCAGAAGACGGGUCUGAAGAUCGCUGUGAAGAAGCUCUCCCGGCCUUUCCAGUCCUUUAUCCACGCCAAGAGAACCUACAGAGAGCUACGGCUGCUCAAGCACAUGAAGCAUGAGAAUGUGAUCGGCCUUCUAGAUGUUUUCACACCUGCUACUAGUCUGGAGGAGUUCAAUGAUGUGUACCUGGUGACCCACCUGAUGGGGGCAGACCUCAACAACAUAAUCAAGUGUCAGAAGCUGACAGAUGACCAUGUGCAGUUCCUCAUAUACCAGAUCCUCCGGGGGUUAAAGUAUAUCCACUCAGCAGAUAUCAUUCACAGAGACCUGAAACCCAGCAACGUGGCUGUGAAUGAGGACUGUGAGCUGAAGAUUCUGGACUUUGGGCUGGCGCGGCACACAGACGAUGAGAUGACUGGUUACGUUGCCACUCGCUGGUACAGGGCCCCAGAGAUCAUGCUAAACUGGAUGCAUUACAACAUGACAGUGGACAUUUGGUCUGUGGGAUGUAUCAUGGCUGAACUCCUCACUGGCAGAACGCUGUUUCCCGGUACUGACCACAUUGAUCAGUUGAAGCUAAUAAUGAUGCUCGUUGGGACGCCAGGGCCUGAGCUCUUGAUGAAAAUCUCCUCUUUGUCUGCAAGGAACUACAUCAACUCCUUGCCUCAGAUGCCCAAGAGGAAUUUUUCUGACGUGUUCAUUGGAGCCAACCCACAAGCUGUGGACCUGCUGGAGAAGAUGUUGGUUCUGGACACAGAUAAGAGGAUCACGGCUGCCCAGGCUCUGGCCCACCCCUACUUCUCCCAGUACCACGACCCAGACGAUGAGCCUGAGGCUGACCCCUACGACCAGAGCUUUGAGAGCCGCGAUCUGGACAUCGAAGAAUGGAAACGGCUGACCUUUGAGGCGGUAUGUGAUUUUGAGCCACCCAUCUUCGAUGGAAACGACAUGGAAUCGUGAUUGGGCGAUGUGACUUCUACAAGCCCCUCUCCCGUCAACACCACACAUCUCUAUCACUGAGGUUCCCUCUUAUCAGACGACCUUUUGGAAUAAUAUUAUCAGAGUGCCUACAAACGUUUGUCUAUUGUUAGUUAUAUUUCUUAAGCUCGCGCUCUCUCUCCCACCAUUUUGACUCCGUAAGGUGUUGCAACGUUGAAACGUUACAAAAAUAGCUUGGUCACAGAUUUGUUGGUGCUGUGGCAUGACAAUGGCCAUGGGAGUUGGCUGUACAACCCAAACAGAUAUGGGACCAGGCUAGAACUACAAUGGAGGAUAGGAGAGCGACAUUUUAAGGGCUGUUAAAUCGGUGUUAACAAAUACUGAUUGUGUCUACUACCGUGUAUUUUCAAGGGAGAAACAGGCAAGCAGAAAAAAACCACUAAUACCAUUAUUGGUCCAUUUCUGAAAAAUGUCAUGCUUCUUUUAUUAUUCUGUCUAUAUUUGUGUCACAAAUGGCACCCUAUUCCCUAUUUAGUGCUCUACUUUUGACCAGGGCACUAUAUAGGGAAUAGGGUGCCAUUUGGAAUAAAAUCUAUAUUUAAACUAGUUUUGUAUUCCUCCUUCAGAAGUUUUAUUAUUAUGAAAAUAUUGCUCACCACUGUAUUCUAUUGCUCACCACUGUAUUCUAUUGCUCACCACUGUAUUCUAUUGCUCACCACUGUAUUCUAUUGCUCACCACUGUGAUAUCCGAAAGAAAUUAGAUGCUGAAUUGAAACAUCCGGAAAAUGUGUUCUGAUUGAAUCAUUUCAUGGUCUGUAUCAUCUGAAAUGUGUUCUGAUUGGAAUCAUUUCAUGGUGUGAAUCAUCUGAAAUGUGUUCUGAUUGGAAUCAUUUCAUGGUGUGAAUCAUCUGAAAUGUGUUCUGAUUGGAAUCAUUUCACGGUGUGAAUCAUCUGAAAUGUGUUCUGAUUGGAAUCAUUUCAUGGUGUGAAUCAUCUGAAAUGUGCAAUAAUGCUUGUCUGUCACUCGCGCUCUGCCAAUCUACCAAUCACAGCGUUCGUGUCAGACUCCCCUAGCUUCGUUUUCCUGUCAAUCACAGCACUGGUGUCAAGACUCCCAGGCGCUUCAGAAACCGUUGAUGAUCUGCUUUAAUGGAUCUGGUAUAUGACAUAGGAUGUGUCCCAAAUGGAACUCUACUACCUAUAUACUGCAGUACUAAAUGUGGAAGACUAUAUUUCAGUUGAAUGCAUUCAGUUGUGCAACUGACUAGGUAUGUUCCUUUCCUUUGAACAGGGCCCAUAGGGUUAUGGUCAACAGUAGUGCACUAUAUAGUGAAUUGGGGGCCAUUUGGGAUGCACAUAGGGAUUCAUUCUAUUCUUCAACAUUGUUAUGAGCUUAUAAACUUUGUGGAAAUGUUUUAGCUGUGAGAAAUGUUUCAAUAUACCACGUUGCAGAUUAAUUCCCCCUCCCCCAAGUAUUAAACUACUAUUAAACUUAAAAUACCAGCGCCAGACCAUAGGAUGUUUCAUACCUUUUACGUUUUAGUCAUUUAGCAGACGCUCUUAUCCAGAGCGACUUACAAGAGCAAUUAGGAUUAAGUGCCUUGCUCAAGGGCACAUCGACAGAUUUUUCACCUAGACCGCUCAGGGAUUCGAACUAUCAACCUUUCGGUUACUGGCCCAACGGUUUUAACCGCUACGCUACCUGCCGCACAUUUAGUGCUCACAAACCGUAAAAUCAUUAUUCAGCUAAUUGAAUACCCAACUGAUGUAAUUCUGUCAGAUUCAGACAAUUUUUGUGGCUUCCUCUCGUCCUCAUCUCAUUGAUCUGCACUGAGGUAAAGGAACUGGACAGGAGAAAGCGAAGGCCUGGUAGGGGUCAACCAUAUUGCUGUUUUCAAAACAGAACUGUGCAGAUGAAGGACACAAUGGAAGGAAGCCACUAGAAUAUUGAGAUACAGCCAGAAUAAAUACAGAGUCAGAAUAAAUAACCGUGAUAGCCCCAGGACUCUAGCCUAGUUGAACCAUGCUGCGCUCCAUUGAAUAGCCCCAGGACUCUAGCCUAGUUGAACCAUGCUGCGCUCCAUUGAAUAGCCCCAGGACUCUAGCCUAGUUGAACCAUGCUGCACUCCAUUGAAUAGCCCCAGGACUCUAGCCUAGUUGAACCAUGCUGCACUCCAUUGAAUAGCCCCAGGACUCUAGCCUAGUUGAACCAUGCUGCACUCCAUAUUGACACUUUAAAACCAGAUGGAGUUGAUAUGAGCCACUGUGGGUUUUCAAUGAAUGUGCCAAUCAACGUGGCAUUAAGUAAACUAGGAAUAAUAUGUAUUUUUGGGUACAAAAUAAACUCAAAUGUAUGUAAAUAUCUGUUCUAUAUUUUAUUUUUUAAUCUUCAUGACUUCUUUUUUGGUUUGUUGAAUUUAAACAAUCUUCAUUGUCAGCAUGUUCAUCAUUUGUGCGUGUGUGUUUUGAAUAUAUGUCUUAACAGGAGCUUGACGUGUCAUGCUUAAAGCCGCAAAAUAGAAAAAUGUAAAUCGAUGUCAAAAAGAAAUGAGGAAAUUGCGUAGUUAUAUUUAUACUUUGUUGAGGUGGUAUUUCAACUGGAGAGAGAUACUGUUGUUUAUUUCAGCCAAUCCCCAUAGAAGACUGACAUCUAACAGUCUUUACAGCAGAGUAACUAUUACUAUAAAUAAUGCCUUUGUUUAUAAAGAAAUAAAGACAGUUAUUUUUAA